CAAACAGAAGAGUUACACUAGAGGUAUAAAAUAUAAAAAUAGAUGUAAUGUAAACAGAGGUAAUUGCACUUGUAAAAUUAAUUGUAAUUGUAAUUAAUUGUAAAAUUUGACCCAUGAUGAUUUUAUUCUCUUCUAGGAAUGAUUAAAAGAACAUCUCUUUGGCAAAAUAGAUGUGUGGAAUAAAUACAUUUGUUUUUUUAAGCAAUCCAACUGCUUUGACACCUAUAAUUGUCAUGUUUUUUUAUUGAAAGUUUAUAGCUGCUGCGUUGAGUGUGUAAAGAAAAAAUAAAGCUGGGGGAGAAAAGAGAAAGAGAGAACCAGGGAGGCUGUGUGUUACACGCCAUUGAAAUGCAAAUAUCAUUGAAGAACAAGGAGUGGUUCUGUGUGUGUGUGUGUGUGUGUGUGUGAGAGAGAGUGUGUGUGUGUGUUCCCUGUAUGUGCAUGCAGCAGGGCAGCAGUGGGAGAGGAGGGGCGCAAAUUGGACAAGUUUUUUGGGGGAGAAGAGACUUUAGAGAAACAGCCACACACACUCUACUGCAGCUUCAUAUGACACGGUGCAGACCUGCGGAUUUCCUAUUUUUUUUAAAACUUUUUUCCAUAUAAAAAGACGCUCUUUUUUUUACAUUUAAAAGUGACCUUACACAUUUUUUUUUAUUGCGAUUUUUCAUCCACAGGGCUUGCGCGUCUUUUUUGCAUCUUUAGAUGCUUGGAUGGUUUCAGGAGCGCUUCCAAAGUGCGCAAAAAGAACGCUCCAUUCCAUUCCAUUCCGUUCCAUCCUGUCUGUCUGAGUCGCAGUGAAUCAUGUCACGCCGGAAGCAGAAGCGACCCCAGCAUCUAGUUAACGCGGAUCCGGGGGGCCCAAGGCUGCUAUCUCACGAUGAUCACCUGGGCAUGAAGUCGCCAUCUACAUCUCUUGGCUCAGAAGUGACUUCGUCGGGCUCCUCCUCCUCUUCCCCCACCUCUCUCCAAGACUGCCAGCCGCCUCUGGCCCCUCGCCCAUCCCCUGGUGGGCUCCACGCGCCCUCCUUACCCAGCGAGAGCUCGCCUCCUCCCCACUGGCCCAGCCACAUCGCCCCCUUCACCACCUCCCUCCCAAACACCCACUCCUCCCUCUCCCCGGACUUUCCUCACCCCUCGCUGUCGUCCCAGACUCACUCGCCUCCUCCCCUGGGUCAAACCUCAGGUUCCCAUAGCCUGUCCCACCAAGGGAACUCUCACUCCACCAUGACCUCCCCACCGAUGGGCAGCUCAGCCACCACCACUACCUCCUCCUCCUCUUCCUCCUCCUCCUCGUCUUCUCAGUGCGUGCUGCCUCACCGUGACAGCACCAGCCCCGGUCACCAGCAGCCUUCAAGCUCUCCGGGGCAGCAGGGACAGAUCCAGGUGUCGCCGACACUGGCAGUACUCCUUGAGGAGCUGAGGGUUUUACAGCAGAGGCAAAUCCACCAGAUGCAGAUAACAGAGGAGAUCUGUAGGCACGUUCUACGGCUUGGAGGCGCCGUCUUUGGCCAAGAUAAUAACACACAGGCCUGUGGCGCUGACAGCAACCAGAAGUCUACAGGAGCAGCAUCUUCGUCGCCAACGCACCCCUCCACUGCCACGCCGGUAACCACCGCAGCAUCGCUUUUGACUGGCCUUCCAUCUUCCCUCUUCCCCCAGCCAUCCGUCUCCAAAUCAGGUGCUUCACACAUCAAUGGCAGCAGAGCUCAAUCUUCCUCUACCUCUUCCUCAUCUAUUUCAUCCACUAUCAGCUCCUCUGUUGCCUCCCUACACCCUCUGUCCUUGUCGUUGGGCCUACCGCCACGCUACCUCCACGAGAAAUCAUCCAACACCUCCUCGUUUGGUCAUAGCAAUGGCAUCAGUUUCCCGACACCUCCUCUUCCUAUCACCAGCCAUUCCCAAGAUCACCAGCCCAGCUCCUCUCUGGGCUCUGCCUCGUCAUCGGGACGCCCUCAACAUAUGUGCCGUUUCUGUGGGAAGGUGUUGAGCAGCGACUCAUCACUCCAGAUCCAUCUGAGGUCGCAUACAGGUGAAAGGCCCUACCAGUGUCCUGUCUGCUUGAGUCGUUUUACAACCAGAGGGAACCUCAAAGCUCACUUCCUGCGACACAGAGAGCAGAACCCAGAGCUGUCCCUCUCCCUGCUGCCCCCGGCGCUGUCAGAGCAAGUACAGAUUGCUCCCAGUCCCAUCCAGAGAAGGAGAAAACGGCGGGCUGAUGAUGACGAGCCAUUUAAUGCAGUGAAAGGAAGCAUUCCUGGGAUGACGGAAAACAUGGCUUUAGGAUUCCUGUCUGGUGCGUCCGCUCGGCCCUCGCCUUCCUCUCUACCUCUGCCCCCGUCGGUGGACAUGGCGUUGCUGUCCACAGCCCAUUCACUGCUACAGCUGAACAGAGCCUCAGCUGCAGCUGCUGCCACCGGACUGCCCUCAUCGUCUUCGUCUUCCUCCUCCAUGGGCGGCCAGUUCAAAGGAGCAAAACAGCAGCGAUUUGAUGAAAACACACCUCCUCACUCCGCCCUCCAUACAACCUCCCCAUACUCCCAACUGGCCCACCUCCCCAAGAUUCUCUUCCCCGACGGUACCUCCCCUCACCACCUUGCACUUCUCCGGCCCCCAGGCCACCCAUCCGCCUCCCACCUCACCUCAUCUCAUCAGCUGCCCUUCCCCUUUCCACCUUUCCCCAAACCAUCAACCUCGUCCCCCUCUUCAUCCUCUCCCACCACCUCUACCCAGACCUCAGAUACCUCCAAGUUACAGCGCCUGGUACAGAAGCUUGGAAAACAGCCACAGGGAGGUGCCUCUUCUUCCUCCACCUCCUCACAAAGUCUUGCUGAAGCACAUGGCGACACACAUGGCCACGACCUGUCUACAACCUCCAGUGCCUAUCGCAGGGAAAUGUUGGCUGCUCUCGGCCUGAGCCCAAGUGCCAACGUUGCUGGACUAAUGACGACCCCUUCUCUGCCUACCGCCCAGGCUGCUAAUCAGUGUGGAGUGUGUCUGCGUGUCCUCAGCUGCCCCAGAGCUCUGCGCUUGCAUCAGGCCACGCAUCUGGGAGAGCGACCGUUCCCUUGUAAGCUGUGUGGUCGUUCCUUCUCCACGAAGGGCAGCCUCAGAGCCCACCUGGCCACUCACCGUGCAAGACCAGCCAACUCCCGUGCCUUGAACUCCUGCCCGUUGUGCCCACGCAAGUUCACCAACGCCUUGGUUCUCCAGCACCAUAUCCGCUUGCACCUGGGUGGGCAAAUACCGCCUGACGAAGACAUGCCUCCUGAGGACGCAGCGGAAACGGAGAAUGCUGUCUUUGAUGAGCGUGAGAGUAGCUCACCAUCUAAAGCCCCCCAACUCCUUCCUCUGGCCUUAACCACAAAGGAGAUCCAAGUCAAGACAAGAUCCAAGUCUACAGUUGAUGCUCUCAACUCAGGGUCCACUUCCAAGAAAUCCACAGCCGCUGAUGCCACCUCUGUGAAGACGGAGGAAUCAGAGGGCUCAACACCCAGUGUUAGCCCACCCCUGACCCGUAAUCCCCCCUCAGUGGGAGCCGAGGACCCCCUGCGUCUGAAAGACAACAACGCCCUAGCUGAUGGUAGCCCCAUGAACGGUUCCAUGUACUCUGAGGAGGAGACCCACGCUGACCCAGGCAGCACCAGCCCUUUAAAAACCCCCUUAGCUGUAGUGAAUGGAGACGCAGAGGCAGAUGACACCCCUCUAUCCCUCUGUGUUUCAAAGCCUGGAGUAGACAAUGAUACGCCGCAUACGGGGGUUAAUAAUGACGAAGCCUGCUCCACAGAAAAAAACAUCACAAGUCCUGACCCCAAACCCCCAGCUGCAAACCCCUCACCUGCACUCACCCCACCUGCCAGCCCCAAAGCGAUCCCCGAAGCAGAAGAGGCCUGUGGCAGUGCACCACAGGAGGCACAAGAGAAAGAUACUGCCCAAAGCAAAGGCAAGAGUGAGACCACCGCACCGAGUGAGCCUUUGCCGGUGUCAGAUCCAGAGCCGGAGAAGGAUUCUACGAUGGAGGAGGGUUACGGCGUGCAAGAAAAGCCUUCAGAGGACCCAGAGCCAUCUGUUCCAGCACCAGCACCGAACGCACAGCCUCCUCGCCCUGACAAACCCUACAGCUGCUCCCAGUGUGGAAAGGCGUAUGCCAGCCGUAGCGGACUGAAGGGUCAUAUGAAAACUCACCCUGGAGCAUCGACCAAUACCCCCUCCAAGGCUCAAACCAAUGACACCGACAUUGCGGAGAAUCGCAGCUCACAUUCAGCCAAUAAGAACCCGGGACAGCAGGAAGAAAAGCAGGGAUUGGCUAAAUCCCCUGAGAAAGGAGACAGCACAGAUCCUCCACCAAUCAGUGUUGUUUCUAGUGUGGCGGGCGAGCCUAUGGACACUACUGUGUAGAGUUAGUAUCGUCUUUAAAAAAGGGUCCUGACAAGGGAAUGUAUUUUUUUAAUAGAUUUGAUUUCUAGAGUUGUUAAUUCUAAACCAUGUUUACCUUUUGUAUUAGGCAGAUAAAUCUAGUUUGUAUUUUAGUCACAUUACAAGAGAUUUGUGAAUGUAGUAUUCUAGCUAUGUAUUUUUGUAUUUCAAAGACCACAGUGAGGCCUUAUCUUACACACUUCACAACAUUGUCACAAUGAGAAUUAAUUGUUUGCGCUUGUAUAAGCUGAUUUGAAUGAAGAGGGACAAUGCAGCAUUUUACAAGAUGAACUCCAUACCAAAACAGGCCAACAAUUUGUAAUGGCCGAUGUUUGUAAAUAUGAGCUGCGGUUACGUUUUAUGCCUUUUUUUAUUGUUACUUUGCUCUUUUCCUUUUUUUCGUUUUAAUGCCAUGCUGCUGAAAGCAUGUUUCUGAUGUGCUGAGUUGCACUGUGAGUUGCACUGUGAGUUGCACUGUGUCCUGUGCUGUGGAAACAUCUUAAACAAACACGUUAGUAAUGAUGAUGAUGAUAAUAAUGGCGAUGAUUGUGUUAGUACCUUUGUGAACAGUCCUUGUACUUAUAGCUGUAAAAAUUUGCUAACAGCAAAUUACCUUAUUCAUACUGAUGAUUGUAAACGUUUAUUCUCGUUGUCGAAGCUGUCUGCAGGGUCAAACCGACAACAAGGAUGAGCCCUGUCCGUUAUAAUUCCCCCUCCUCUUCCCCCUGCUCUCCUCUCUCAAAGCACUUGAGAGUUUUCUGCUCCUGCAGAAAUUGUCUGCACUCCUGCUUUGCCCAGUUUAGUAUUUGUAUGCUUUGUAAAACCCUUUUUUUUGUAGCAAUGACAAAACCAUGCCUCCCAUGUGAUGUAUAAAAGAUCAAUAAAACAACGGCGAUGUGAAGAGGA